AUGCAGUACAAUUGCUCCUCAAGAAACUACUUACCUAGGUUUCGCGGAGAACAAUGCAAUGUUCCAGCUGUCUCUGCUGUGUCAAGGGAGGCAGAGUGCCAGAAUGGUAUCUAUUUACCCAGUUCCUUCCAAGGUAGUUCUUGGCUCCUAAAUCACUGUCAAGAAACCUGCUGUGAGCCCACAAGCUGCCAGCCAAGUUGCUAUCCAAAUGUUACCUGCACCUCUGGAACUAGCCAAGUAGUUUCCAGCCAACAAACAUCUUGCUAUGCCUCCAAGCCCUUCCAGGCUUCCUUCAGUCGACCAUGCACCUUUGUCUCCAAUAGCUGCCGACCAUUUGGUGGUGUCUCCAGUGUCUACCAGCCAACCUGCAGCAUCACCAGGACAUAUGAACGGCCUUGUGUAUCUAGCUGUCGCCCAACUUGCUGAGUAUUCGAGACCUAAUGAGCGAGACCCAUCAAUUGUGUUUUUAGGAUCUGCCUGCAUGCUACCCAAUCUACAACUGAUUAUUAACUGCUGACCUUUGCUUGAACUGCUUCUGACUACCAGCUAUCCACAAACUACCCUUGGUUACCUAGGAUUUUCUUGGCCAAGUGAAGCUUUCCUUAAAGGCUGAUCAUCAAAUCUAUAUAAUCUUCAAAUAUUUUCAGACAUUCUCCAUGUAAGCACAUGUUUUAAUGAUUUUGACAUUUCAAGCUUACUUUACUUCUCUUGCUUCAGUGUCUUGCUGUGUAUUU